AUGAUGAGCGACCACGUGGAGGUGCUGGGCCCACCACCGCCCAAUGUGGAGAAAAGCCAAACGAUGUACCAUAACAUCAGGCCAAACGUCCCUGAGGAGUUCCGAGACGAUCCACUGUACGCAAAAGCGAGUGCGCAAGACCACCUGGAUGCCAAAGCAGCCAAGCAGGCACGCCGAGACCACCGCGCGGCCAUGGUAGUGGCAGCGAAAGCGAAUCAGGACCGUCGUGGGCGCGAAGACGUCGGGCUAAGCGCCGAGGAAGCGCCUGCAAAGAAGAGGAAGGCCCCAAAGAAGUAA